GUUCAAAAGCCGGUUAACGCUAACCCAGGGUUAAAUUUGCUUAACCCUGGGUUAAAUUUUAACUCUGGGUUACUUUGCGUUGUUCAAAACUAGGUUAUCUUUAACCCUAGGUUAAAGGAAGGGUUAACUUUAACCCUCCUCGCUAGAUGGGUUAACUUACUUAACCCUAGGUUAACGUAUCAAGUUCGCAAAUAAAACAUGGCAGGCUUUCCUUUUAAUUUGUUUCGAAUAAAUCAUCCUCGUCGGGAAAGACGAUAUCGUCCACGUGGCAUAAAUAUUGACGGCCUUUACGACGAUGAGCUAAGGGCAAGGUAUAGGUUUGGCAGAAACACAAUAAAUUACAUUACAAACCUUCUGCAUGAAGAUUUAAUUCGCAAUACGCAGCGAGGCCAUGCACUUGAGCCACAACAACAAGUCCUAAUUGCCUUGAGAUUUUAUGCCUCCGGCAGUUUCCUACAAGUUGUUGGAGAUAGUUUCGGUGUUGACAAAUCAACGGUGUCUCGAACGGUCAGAGAUGUAUCUUUGGCACUGAAUAGAAGACGAAAUGAUUUCAUAAAAUGGCCGUCUUCAAUAAACGAAAUCGAGAAAGUAAAGAACCACUUUUUUGCACAAGCUGGCUUUCCGUCUGUGAUUGGUUGUGUUGACUGUACACACAUCAGAAUUCAGGCGCCACAUCAUAACGAGAAUUAUUACGUGAACCGGAAGCGCUAUCACUCUAUCAACGUACAGGGCAUUUGUGAUCAUGAAGGACGGUUUACAAACAUUGUGGCUCGAUGGCCUGGCAGCACCCAUGAUAGCCACAUUUUCCACACAUCUCAAAUAUGCCAGCAGCUUGAGAACAACCACUUGGAGCAAGGAAUUUUGCUUGGUGACAGUGGCUAUGCACUGAAGCCAUACCUUAUGACACCAUAUCAUGAGCCAGCCACAGCAAAUCAAAGGGGGUUUAACCGAGCCCAUAGGAGGACCCGGGUCAUAAUUGAACAAGUAUUUGGUAGAUGGAAAAGACGAUUCCAUCUUCUGCACUCAGAAGUGAGAAUGCACCCGGAAAAGGUUUGCCAGCUUAUUGGUGCAUGCGCAAUAUUGCAUAAUAUUGCAAUUGCAUUUAAUGAGCCAAUGGAUGAUGAUGAUGAUGAUGAACUGGAAGUACAGGAAUAUCAAGGGCAUGAAACAGGCCAUCUUAUCAGAGACCAUAUAGCAAACACUUUUUUUUAAACAGCUAUUAAUUGGCAUGAAUUUGUGUAUAUUAAACCACAGGCUAUUAUGGUAAGUUGAUUGAUGUGUUCAAGCUUGUAAAUGACUGAGUGUACACUCUACUUUUUCCACAUACCCAUUUAAUUAAUAUUAAAUAUUAUCAUAUCAAAUAUUAUAAUUUAAUAUACAGUGUCAAUAAAGUAUGAGUUAUAAAUUAUAUUGCAAAUAUGUAAUUGUGAUUAGUUUAUGAACAGUUUAUGAAUGCUAUAAAUAAAAUAAAUAUAUAACAUUAAUAUAAAUACUUUACA